CGGCAGCCCGGCCUCCAGCCCCGGCGCUGCCUGCCAGGUUUCCCUAGCAAUGGGCCGUGCCGUACGACGCAGCCUGCUGGCUUCCUCCCCGCGGCCUCCCCGGGCUGGCCGGCCUCCCGACAGCCCCGGAUCGCCCGCCGCCAUCCUCGGGCCUCCUCCCGCCGCCGCGCUCCCUGAGGCCGCCCAUGGCCGGACCCGGCUCGGCGCGGCUGCAGGGCGACGUGGCCGCCUUCAGCGCUGCCCUGCGCACCCUGGUCAACAACCCCCAGUUCAGCGAUGUGAUGUUCGUGGUGGGGCAGGAGCAGCAGAAGGUGUUUGCGCACCGCUGUGUGCUGGCGUGCCGCUGCCAGGUGUUCCGUGGCAUGCUCAGCCAGGACUCCUCCAGCAGCGUCCCACCCCAGGGCCCCUUCAUCCUGGGCAACGUGCAGCCUGAGGUCUUCCUGGCCGUCAUUGAGUUCCUCUACACCAACAGUGUCACCCUCAACAGCCACAUAGCACUGGAGGUGCUGACCUCGUCGGUGGAAUAUGGCUUGCAGGACCUGUGCAAGCUCUGUGUCAAGUUCAUCAAGGACACACUGAGUGUGGAGCAGGUCUGCGAGGCUCUGCAGGCUGCGGUGACCUAUGGGCAGGUGGACCUCCAGCAGCACUGCCUGGCCUUCAUCGAGGGCUGCACCGCGGCAGUGGUGCAGACCCAGGGCUUCCGUGAGCUCUCUGACGUGGUGCUGGCGCGGGUGCUGCGCAGUGACCGCCUGGCCGUGGAUGAGCUGGAGCUGGUGCAGGCUGUGCGGGAGUGGGCACACGUCAGCUCGGCUGUCCUGGAGCGUCCUGUGCCAGAGGUGGCUGCCCUGCCAGUGAGGGAGCUGCGUCUGCCCUUGCUGGCACCCAGCGAGCUGGUGACACUGGAGAGCCACAAUCAGCAGGACCUCCUCAUCCCGGUGGAGAGCAUCGCUGCAGCCUGGCGUGCCCACGCUCUGAGGAGGGGCAGUGGGGUGCCCUCCCGCCUCUGCCGUCCCCGCCGGGGCACACGGCCCCGCGACCAUCACCGUCACCUCGAGCCACACGCCAAGUAGGGGCUGGGCAAGGAGCUUUGUCCAGCCCAGCCAGGGACUCUGCAGCGGGGCAGGCAGUGGGGCUGGGCACUGAUGCUGCUGUGGCCAAGAGCAUUGAUAAGGUGCUUUGUCACAUGUCAGUGUCAGGGCCAGGGCAGGAUGCCUGGGUCACCCCAAAAGUGGUGCAGGGGCUGGGGGUAGGGUGGAGCUGGGCUAUGCAAUGGGUGCAAGGACACUGCAGGCUGCCCAGAGAGUGACCCAAGGGUGGUGGGGCUGCAGCGAUCCCUGCGGGACAGGGAUCCAAGAUGAGCUCUGCCUUCCCCGGGGCCGUGCUGCCCUCCCCUGGCAGAGAGGCCGUGCUGCAGUGGGAAAAAGCACCAGCACCUACCUGGGCAGGGGCACAGGGACCCUGGGGCUUGGAGGGGGUGCAGGUACGAGGGGACACAUGGGUUCUUUGCACGCACUGCUGCACCGACAGGCUCCCAACCCCCGUCAAGCCCUACCAGCAGGCCACACACACACAGGACAGGCUGCCAGCCCCACCAAGUGCCACACACACAGUACACAGCUCUCCUUGCACCCCCCAUUGAGUGUGUGCACACAGCUGGGUCUGUCUCAAGCACACAUACCCCCCCCUUCCAGCUGUGUUCCCCAGGAGAAAGGGCCGGACACAGCAGGUAAUUUAUAUAUAAUAUAUAUAUUUACUCUUUAAAA